AUGCUCUGUCCUCCGGCCUCUGAUGAGCAGCUGCCUUCGUAUGAGCGAGUGUCUCCUGCUUUUACCCUCUGCUCUGAGCGCUUCACUGUCGGAGCGCGAAACUUCAGUCGCCAGUAUGCACACAUUUACGCUGCACGGCUGAUGGAGAUGAGGCCUUUGCUCAUAGAGAGAGCCCAGAAAAAGUGGGGGCCAGAAGUUAACAUCAAAAAGUUGUGUGACCUUCAGACAGGAGAGCAGUGUUGCAUUGUGGGAACACUGUUCAAACGCAUGGAGUUACAGCCAUCAAUUCUGAAAGAAAUCAGCGAAGAGCACAAUCUUCUGCCUCAGCCUCCUCGUACAAAGUAUAUAAAUGACACGGAUGAGCUUAUUUUGGAAGACGAGCUUCAGAGAAUAAAACUGGAAGGAAAACUUGACAGAGACAAGUGUUUCACAGGCAGUGUUGUUGCUAUACAUGGAACUGAGACGAUGGAUGGUAAAUUCACCGUUGAAGACUUUUGUACUGCUGAUUUACCAGUUCAGACACCUCGGCCAUCACUUAGCUCUGACAGAUUUGUGCUGUUGGCCUCAGGACUCGGUCUAGGAAGUAGCCAGGCUGACAGUCUGCUGGGGUUGCAGCUGCUGGUGGAUAUGAUAACUGGACAGUUAGGAGACCAGGGAAAGCAAAGUGGGGCAUCUACUAUAUCCAGGGUUCUGUUUUCAGGAAACUUACUCAGUCACCACAUCCAGGACAAAGACUCAUCAACAAAGGCCAAGUACCUUACAAAGAAAACCCAGGCUGGGAGUGUAGAUGCUAUGCGUCUUUUGGAUGAUCUCCUACUUCAACUUGUGUCGUCGGUUGCAGUGGAUGUGAUGCCAGGUCAAAACGACCCCACAAACUACACCCUCCCUCAGCAGCCUCUUCAUCGCUGUAUGCUCCCCUUGUCUUGUGUAUAUCCCACAUUACAGCUGGCCCCCAACCCAUACCAGGCUGAAAUAGACGGAGUCAGGUUUCUGGGAACUUCAGGUCAAAAUGUUAUUGAUAUACACAAAUACACCAGCUUUACCAGUCACAUAGAAAUAUUGGAGGAAACUCUACAUUUACGACAUCUUGCACCAACUGCACCUGAUACCUUAGGUUGUUUCCCAUAUUACCAAAGUGACCCGUUCAUUUUGACAGAGUGCCCCCAUGUGUACUUCAGUGGGAAUGCACCUUCCUUUGAGUCUAAGAUUGUCAAAGGCCAAGAAGGUCAGGAAGUCCUGCUGGUCGCCGUCCCAGAAUUCAGCAGCACACAGACCGUGUGCAUGGUGAACUUACGCACUCUUGAAUGUGAGCCAGUGAACUUCUCUGCCUUCUCCAGUGGCGACGACGAGAGUGAGAUGAACGUUAGCCACUAA